AAGAUACUUCUAAAAAAAACAAUCUCAGAAGAGAAAAUUGGGAGAUGAGAAAGAAGUGUGCUGGAAAGUUAAGUCUGAAGAAUCAAUUGCAUCAAAUGAAGCAAAGGAAAAUACUGGUAACAAAGAUGUACUGCCAAGAACAUGCAGAAUUACUUGAUUCAUCUGCUCUGGUGAAGCCACCAACUCCAAGAGCAGAAAGCAUACAAAAUAACAUAUUACCUCUUAAACAAGAUACCUUAAAAACAUCAAUAAAUCAAGAUUUAGGUGUAGUUGGAUUUUGUGCAUCUUCUGAGAGUCGAAAUUCUACGACUAUUGCUUUGAGAACUUCAAAUUCAGAAGACAUAAUUACUAACCAUCUUGUUAAUCCAAACUUUAUAAAUAAUUUCAUGGAAACGUCAGGUCAGGAAAAUUCAUUUCUCUUCAGCACAGUUGAAGAAUUAAACAUAAAUAACAAAUAUUUUACUGCCAUUUUAAUACCCACAGAAAAUUGUAAACCUGCAGUUAAUUCUUUCAUAGCAGCUUCCAAGGAAACCAUGGAAAUGGAAGACACAGGCAUUGAAGACUCCUUUUAUAAGGGUGUAGACCACAGUGCUGAAGUCUUACAUAUUGAACAUUCAUACUACAGACAAGAUACAAAUAAGGAACAUCUUUGGCAAAAUGUCUCUAACCUAUACUCAAAGAUCACUCUUCUUGAGCUACAAAAGCAACAAAUUCCAGGAAGAUUGAUGUCUUUGGAAACUCUUUUAAGCCAACUACAGCAGAAGAACUGGCUAUCUGAAGAAAACAUCAAGAUAACAGAGAACUAUUUCCCAAUGUAUAAAGUCACUGUGAGAUAAAAGUUUUUAAAGCUAUGAUUUUUGCAUAAGCUUUUUCCAGCUAAAUCAAAUCAUUUGUGAAGUGAACUUUGUCCUGUAGAUAAAGUUCUUGGAAGCUAUGAAAGUGCUCCAGUGUUACAAACAACAUCCUGUUCUUACAGUGCUCAGUAAAAAGGGGGAAAUGAAAAGAGUUGUUUGGCUGAAGAAAUAGUUUUAUUACUUGAUAAUUUUCCAAUUAUAGUUAAAAUGAUAAAAUUUAUUUAUAAAAUAGGAAAAAGAUGCAGUCAAAAUUGGCCAGACUAUAUCAGUUCUGGUUGUGCUGCUGGCACAAGCUAGUAUAUUGACCCUCAGAGAGCUGGGGAUGUAGCUCAGUGAUAAAGCACUUGCCUGGUUUGUACAAGGCCUUGGGAGUCAGUCCCCAGAGCUGGAGUCAAUAAAGGAGCCUCAGUCCCUAAUCUGUAAAAUAAGGGCACUUAAUAUAAAAUAUAAAUACUAUUUCUUUAAAGAUACUUUGCUUAGAACAGAUUUUCUAUAUGAUGAUGCAUACUUAUGUAAUAGUAAAAGAUGGCUAGAAUUUAGUAUUAAUGAUUAGAUUAUUCUCAGUAUCUUUUCUGUGUUGCGUAACCAUUUGGCUAUAGUUACAUACCUAUAAUAUAAAGGAAAAUACUACUAUUAGAAUCUUAUUUUAGUUAAAUUCCGCUGUCAAGAGAGAUACUUUUAAAGUUGAAAGAAUAUAUAUUACUUUUUAUAUAUGUGUAUUCAUAUAUACACUUAUAUGUAUAUAUGUAGCUCACCAUUAUAAUACAUUUAAGUGUCUUAACACCCUGUGUUUAUAAACCUAUAAUUUGUAAACCAAAAAAGUUCAAUGGUGUUAAUCUUAAAUAUUUUAGAAAUAUUAUAAUUAUUUAGUUAAGACAUUUAUCUAAAAUUGAUGGUGAUAUAGGUAAAAAUAUCGUUUGUAUCCAUUUGUUUUGUUUUGUUUUGACUUCUUAAGUGAUUUUAUUCCAUUACCCUUGCUGAUCCUCACCCCUGCUGCCACCAUCUCCCAGAUUCUGAGACAUGUGGCUUGAAUGUGGUGUAUCACUCAGAUCCAGGUAGUCCCAGCAAGGGCUCAUUAUAAGGCAGUUAUCUGCUCAAUGGUGUGGAGGGCCUUUCUUCAAAUCUUUUUGCUUGCUGGUGGUCUCCUUUGCAAUUUUGUGCUUGGCUUUUCUUUCUCUAGUUUCAAAAAUUCACUGAGGGUGAGUUUUUCAAACUUCUUGAUAAUAAGGAAGGCACACCCUGGUGAAGCUUUUUAUGCUCCUCUAUGGGGUUGUCGUCUAUCUGGUUCCCAACCUUUCAGUUUUUUUGAAUCAGAAAAAAAGCCUUUCUGCCAUCCACUCUGGAGUGCAGAAGCAGCCCUCCAGGAAGGGCCAGUUCUUGAAGGUGAGAUGCAAUGGUCCUUGAGAUACAGCUGCCAGGCCAGGGGCAGCGCCAGAGCCCCCGGGACACUGCUGCCACAACCUUUCAUUUGUGCUUAAGAAAUAAAUGUAAAACUGAAGACCACUUUUAGCACAGGUGCGAAGAAUGGGUGACUUGUCCCUGAGAAUCGGCUUCAGAACAACUGAAUGUGUUACUGCCUGUGGUAUUGAGAAAGGUGCUAUUGGUCUCAUUCUUUAGGGAUGUCUGUUUGUUUUGAGACAGGAUCUUCCUAUGUAUGUAGCUCAGGAUAAUCUCAAACUUGGUCAUCCAUCCACCUACCUCAGCCUGUUGAUUGCUUCAAGUAGAGAGACAGGCAUGCACCACAUGCCUGGGCUGAGCUUUGUUUGUAUUGCCCUAACAGUGCUUGUGUUCUUUUUAUAUCAUGAUAUUAUCUAUAGCUCCCUCUUUCACUGGAUUAUGGGCUUUUUCCAGUUGGUUUUUGUUGUUUUCCUCUAUCUUCUUCUGUAAUGUGACUUUACAGUUCUCCUAUCUGGAGAUAGAGUUAUUUUACCUCCUUGAAUUAGGGUAGGCUCUGAGACUGAUCGCAUCAGUAGAAUGUUGUAAAUGUGACAUAGCAGUUCCUAAUUGUCCCUGUCAUUGUCCUAGCAUCUUCCAUGUCCUUUAGGAGCACUUAACUCUUAGAUGGCCAGAUGCCAUGUAAGAUAACCCCACCCCCAUAACACCAUGCUGGAAAAGCCCAUUCUCGUAGGCUCUAAGACCGAGAUGAAGCCGGGUGGUGGUGGCGCACACUUUUAAUCCCAGCACUCGGGGGCAGAGGCAGGUGGGUCUCUGAGUUCAAGGCCAGCCUGGGCUACAGAGUGAGUUCCAGGAAAGGCACAAAGCUACACAGAGAAACCCUGUCUUGAAACCCCCCCCAAAAAAGGCUGAGACGACUGAUCCUGAGGUGCCAGCUGCUCUAAAUGACACCAGAUGCAACCGAGAGGAACCUAGCUGAGUACCUCUCACAUAGCUGUAUAAAAUUGUGGGCAGUGUUUGUUUUAAGGUGGUAGUUUGGGGAUGGAUAAUCAGACAACAAAAGAGAUUCCUUAUCUCUAUCAUCUUCAUCACUGUGACUCUUCACCAUUUCUACUAUAAAAGAUAACUCUUACUUAACUAAGUUCCAUUCCUGGUUGGACUCAAAUAUCUUUUUUUUUUUCACUUUUUUGCUGUAAUAUCAGAUCACCCUUAAGUUGCUUUUGUCAGUUAUUUUUGUCAUAACUAAUGUGAUUUGAGAGAUGCAUCCCAGAGAGAUGCAAUGUGAAGACUCAAUCCACUUUGCUAGCUUUGAAGACGGGAAGGAGAAACCAAGGAACAUGGAAGCAUCCAUAAGCUAGAAACAGUUUACAACCUGCUAGAAACUGAUGACCUCAAUCCUAAAACCGCAAGGAAUCCAAUUCUAAAAGUCUAAACAUACAUUCUCCCUCUAGAAUGAAACACAUUCUAUGAUCACCCUAUACCUCACUUCUAAAGAAUUGUAAAAAUGUUUAUGUUGUUUUAAUUCACUGUAUUUGGGACAAUUAUUACCAACAGCAAUAAGAAAGUAAUGCAAGUGCUUAAUCUGUUUGAGGUUCGGUUUAAGUCUCCACCCCCAUCCCUUAAAAGUAUAUCUCAGCCUGUGUUGCUUAAUUCACUAAGCCAGGUUUCUUACUGAAAUACAAUUAAUGUUUUAUUCAGAGGUUCCAAGCAUUGAGUAAAAUGUGCAAGUUAUUUGUAAACUGUAAAAAGCUACAGCAAUGUCAGAUACUAACAUUGUUAUUUGAAUUCUCUUUAAUGGUCUAAUAGCAAAGCUCAAAAGUUGUAUUUAUAUUUCCUAAAUUUAUCUACUGAGGCCUAAUAGAUACAAAAUUCAAAAUGUAUUGUUACCCUCAGCCGAAUUAGGGCAGGGAGUGGUAAUCUUUGUAUUUUGUUUCUUUGGAUACCUACAGCUACAAGCCCUGUGAAAAUGUGGGUAGAACUCAAUUAUUGUCAUGUGAUACACAAUGAGAUAAAAUAAGCCACAGAUUUGCUCCUAAUCCUUGCAUUCUAAAAUCAAAAUAUUUCCUAGGAUUUGGAGGUAGUCUUUAGAAGUUUGUGAAAAUCUAAAUAUUAGAGUAAAUAUGCCUCAGAUUCUGAGUGGAAAUAGGACAAAUGAUGUGGAUAGAUGGAUGAAAGGGAGGAAGACAGGAUUGAAAGAAGAGGAAUGUGGAUGAGUAGAUGACUAGAUAGCAAGUACCAGGAAUUUAUAUUAGACAGUUAACGAUUUCUUAGGAAGUAGCAAGGAUUCAAGAAGUGUAAAGAAAUCGGGUAAAGUGUUCUACAGUCUCAAUCCAUAACAGGAACUUCCCUUCCCCUACUGUAAAGUGAGAGUCUUGGUACCUAUUUCCUCCUAAAUGGAAACUCUUCCAUUCUAUAUGUUUUUAAAACAGGACCCCUAUAUUGUGAGCCCAUAGCUUUGAUCCCCAAUAUUGAUUAGUUUACUCAAAUUUUACGGUUCCAAAUUUCCAAGAGAUUGAAUUGCUCCAGCUUACAUUUUUUUUUAACUAGUGAAAGAAGUAAACUCAGGAAUUGACAUCUGAUGAAUCAAAUUCAUAGGCUGCAAAUGCACCCAAUGAAUAGGGUGGGAAAUGGUCACAUUAUACAGGACAGAGCCCAGUUACCUCAUUAAUGUUUUGACAUUUGUAUUUCAUUGGCCCCUUUGAAAGCAAGUUCCUUUAGCUUCAUGCUGCUGCUUGAGCUUGUAAGGGCCCACAAUAUUGCUUUAUUCCCAGAGAAGAACCAGGCAUUGCUGUAUAGGAUAGCCUUAUCUAACUGAAAGUAGAUUCAAAGCCAGUAUAAAUUUAUAAGCAGUACUUGAGAGCUAUUCCCAUGCCUAAACAAUUUUUUUUGGAUCUCGCUCUGUAGACCAGGCUGGCCUCGAAUUCACAGAGACCCGCCUGGCUCUGCCUCCCAAGUGCUGGGAUUAAAGGCAUGCACCACCGCCACCUGGCAACAAUUCUUAAGUAUGUCUGAAGAAUAAAAGAAAAUUUGAAAUAUUAUCUGACUUAAUCACAGUGUGUUUCAGAGAAAUCUUAUGAACAAAGACCUAUCAUCAUUAAUCAGUUAUAGGCACAUAAGUAGUUCUGGUCCAAGCUCCCAGAACUUAGGUUUUUGCAUGAUCUUAUUCAAGAGGCUGAGAAGAGAUAAAUUUAGAUUUUAACAGUGUCUCUGGCUGAAUGUGGUGGAGCCCACCUGUAAUGUCAGCACUCAAGAACCAGAAGCAGGUAGAUUUCAGUUUGAGGCUAGCCUGAUCUCCAGUUCAGGCCAGCCAGUGCUACACAAUGUACAGGGUAUAGUUAAAAUGGUAAUUCCCUUCAUCCCGUCAUCAUAGUGAAUUUAUUCACUUACAUUAGAAUUAAUCAUUUAAAGCAGAGAUCCCUUUUCAGGCUUCCACUCUACUUGAUAGCUUCCCUCAUACCUCUCAUAUACUUGUGCCAAAGGCCUCCAUGCAGCCCUGUAUCCCAGAGCUCUUGAACAUAGUGUUAAUGCUGUUAUUAAAUUUGAAAACACAAUAGUUUUUCUAUCUGGAAAUGUGUGUGUGUGUGUGUGUGUGUGUGUGUGUGUGUGUGUGUGUGUGUUUGUGGUGUAGUUUCUUCUUCCUGCAUUUUGAUACCAAACUUGUGGUCACCAUUGCCUGUAUUUCAAACUCACAGAGAUCCACCUGGCUCUGGCUCUUGACUGCUGGGAUUAAAGGUGUGCACCACCACUGCCCAGCUUUGCCUGUAUUUCAAAAGGGGUUGAGGAUGUGAGGGCGAUCUGGCUGCGACAUCUGUCACCCCAUUGAUCGCCAGGGUUGAUUCGGCUGAUCUGGCUGGCUAGGUGGGUGUCCCCUUCCUCCCUCACCGCUCCAUGUGCGUCCCUCCCGAAGCUGUGCGCUCGGUCGAAGAGGAUGACCUUCCCCGAAUAGAGGAGGACCAGUCUUCGGUCUUCGGUCAAGGGUAUACGAGUAGCUGCGCUCCCCUGCUAGAACCUCCAAACAAGCUCUCAAAAGGGGUUGAUUGUAUGCAUACAAGCAGUGAAAACUGUUUACUUCACUUUAGAAACUAGAACAGACAGAUUCUGAAAUACAUGAAAUGUGUUCAAAGGAUUUUACAGAUGUAUUUUAAACACCUACAUUUUUUGUUUGUUUGUUUUUCGAGACAGGGUUUCUCUGUGUAGUUUUGCACCUUUCCUGGAACUGGCUUUGUAGAUCAGGCUGUCCUCGAACUCACAGAGAUCUGCCUGCCUCUGCCUCCGGAGUGCUGGGAAUAAAGGCUUGUUUGUUUUGUUUUUUUAA